GGAGCUUGCAUAACCAGAAGGAAACUGAGGCAGGUGGUGAGGUCUGCCAGCCUGUUUGGUCUCCUAAAGCUGGUAGGGCAGCCCCUGCUCUCCUGACCUUCAGUGGCCCGGACCCUCUUCCAUCACCCUGUGUGCCCCACAGAGCUCCUCGGAUGAUGGUGCACUGAGAAGGCAUCUGGAAGCCUGGACCCUCAUGGCAUCCAACGUUGAAGGCAUGGCACCCUUGCUGGGCUCUCCCUGGGCCUCCCAGAUGGGGCCCUGGGAUGCCAUCCUCAAGGCUGUCAAAGACCAGCUCCCGUCUCUGGACUCAGACUCCUCCUUGUCGGACUAUGGGGAAGAGGAGCUGUUCAUCUUCCAGCGAAACCAAACCGCCCUGAUUCCAGACCUGUCGGAGGAGCUGGCUGAAGAUCCUGCCGAUGGCGACAAGUCCAGGGCCUGGGCUGCUGCAGCUGAAGAGUCCCUUCCCGAGGUCUGUGGGACACAGAAGAGUGUACGCCUUUGUGUGUGCAAUCCAGUUCUGGUGCCUGCAGAACUGGCCACAGAACCUGGGAGCAGAUGGAACACAAGGACAAAGGAUGCAUCCUCUCAGGAAGGAAGAGACCCUGGCAAGCCUUUUAAAAGCUGUGGUGAGGUCAGCGCUCUUCUUGGGAGGGCCGAGGAGACCCCCAGGUGGCUGGAAGGCGACCUUGGAAGACUGUCUUUCAACACCAAAGGAUCCCAGGGUCCUCCCUGGGACCCACAGGCCGAAGCCACUCUCUCCUGCCAUGAAGGAGACCCAAAGGCAGGGCCCUUCAGCAGCGCCUCACAAGAAUGUGUGAACCGCCAGGCCCUCCGACAGGAGAGAAGGAAGAUGAUAGAGAAGGACAUCCUCCAGAAAGUCACCCGGGAUGCCUGUGGCCCGACUAGCAGUGACCAAGGCGGGGUGAAGGAGGCGCCCUGCCAUGCUGUGGAGUCAGCUCCCAGAUCGAAAAUGCCCCUCGUGGAGCCUCUGGAGGGACCACCAGUGCUCUCGCUCCAGCAACUUGAAGCAUGGGAUUUGGAUGACAUCCUUCAGAGUCUGGCGGGGCAAGAAGACAACCAGGGAAAUCGUGCACCGGGAACUGUGUGGUGGGCAGCUGACCGCCGCCAAGUUCAAGACCGCACGGUGCCAAGCACCCACAACAGGCUCAUGGAACAGCUGGCCCUCCUGUGCACCACGCAGUCCAGGGCCUCUGCUUGUGCCCAGAAGGUGCCUGCCGACACCCCCCAGGACACCGAGGAGGCAGAGUCAGGAAGCAGAUGUGCCUCGAGGAAGCCGGACUCCCAGGCCGGGCCAGGCCUGCAGCUGGCCCAGGGCAUGAGGCUUAACACAGAGCCCCCCACCAUCUUUAUUGACCUGCGGCAGACGGAGACACCAGACCACCUGUCCCCAGAAAGGUCCAGAGGCUCCAGCCACAGCUCCUCUGACAGCGAGGAGGAGGAGGAGGAAGAGAUGGCAGCUCUGGGAGACGCAGAGGGGGCAUCUCCUUCCUCCCUGGGGCUACGGAGCUGUACUGGGAAAAGCCAGCUUCUCCAGCAGCUCAGGGCCUUUCGGAACGGAAUAGCCCAGCCCGAGCUGCCUGCCAGCAAGGGGCCCGAGGGCGGGAGGGCUCAGGCCCCUGAAGACACACCUGGAUCAGGAACUGGGAGGAAGCAACACAUGAAGCUCUGUGCCAAGGGGCAGAGUGCCCAGGCCCGACUCCCAAGAAGUGGGCCCAGAGCCCUGGGGGAUGCUCCUGAGCCAGGGGCAGCCAGGGAGGCCCUAAUGCCUCCUCUGGACCAACUAUAGAUGCCUCAGGUAGUGGGAUCCCAGGAGUCGGCGGGGGCGGGCUGACUUGCCAUGGACCCUGGGCCCCGGUGUCCCCUUGUUGUCCCUGCAUUUCCACUAGCAGGGGCAUUCCAGAGGCAGAGACCCUCAGACUGUGGACUGUUGCCCACCCUGUCAGAGCUCAGUCACAGGUGCAUGAACUUAGAGCAAGGAUGCAGAUACAAAUCUGUAUGUAACGUGUGACAACAGCUUUGGGAUAAAGGGGCCUGGUCCUCUGAGAUGGACAGGGACAGCAGGAGGACGGGAUGCUGCUCUCUGCGGGACUCUGAGGCUCUUCAUCUUUCUCCAGUUCUGCAUUUUUUUAAAUGGGCAUCUAUUAUUUCCAUCAAUAAGGUCUUUUUAA